ACUAUAGUUUGGAGUGAAGGUUUCCUCCAGGGUUAAUUUUUCUUAAUGAAAAUCUCAAACUCAGUGAGCUGCCCGAUAUUUGGGACUUCUUGAGCUGCGUUGUGGGUGGGGAUAAUGCGGAGGAAUUCACAGGGAAAGGAAAAUGUUGGAGCGGAGGAGGCUGAGGCUGCCAGGACCGGCCACGCCGGAGUUCACUGUGUCAGCCACUUCCCUCUUCCGGCGCGGGCAGUGAAAGGGGCACCCGUUUGCUCUCGGCGAGGCUUCUUAGUCUCACUCUCGGGGAGAGCCUGGCAUUUUAGGGUCCCCGCCCGGGAUGGGGAUGUAUCAGGGUUUGGGGGUAGGGAGAGGUUGCUGGAACUGUUGGGGAGGAUGAAGGCAAAAAAGGAGGUGGGAAGCACCCACGGCCGCCGGCCCUUGCCGCCAGGGAAGUGGACUAAUGAGAAACACACUCUUGCAGGCACGGUGUUCACACGUGAAUUUAAUUACCUCGUUUUCAGCAGUUGCAGCUUUCCGUUCGUAUUUGCGGUGGGUUUUUUUCUUGGAAUUAACAGAGCGGCCGAGGCCUUUACUUUACCGCUGAAAGACUCGGGUGAGAAAUACCCUCCUCAGUUUGACCAAGCUAAGGGAUGGGAUUGAAGUCAGUGCCCCGUGCGCCUCCCCGUUUUAAUAUCUAGCCCUAGACUUGAGCUGCGGCCGGGCCGCCUCACUUUGGGCCUUGUAACUGUGGAACCGCCGGCCUGGAGGGUAACCGGGGAGGUGGCCAAGAAGGAAGGAAGGAAGGAGCCCUGAAGAAGCCUGAGAACAGCCACUCUCAUGAGGGCCUCCCAGCUCCUGGAGCCCCGGGGUCUCCUGCGCGGCUGCCUUUUCGCAAGCCGAAGUCGCCUUCCACCGAUGCCGCCUCUAGUUUUUCUCACAGCAGCUCGGAUUGAGGGAGUGCAAUGAAGCCCGCAGAGCUCAACGUUAGGGCCUUCCAGGUCCCAGCACAGGGCUGCGUCGCCCGCUGCGUCCGCGUUGGGAGCAUGCUUUCUGCCUUACAAUGAGCAGGGCGCGGGAGACGCGCGUGUGCGCGGGGUGAGACCGGAACGCACGGUACAACCAGGCCCUCAAAUCCCUCGCCUCAGGGCCGGCUGGCGGCUCCUCUGUGCGGGGCUCAUCCGAGGUGUAGCGGCAGACCGGGGAGCAGUUCGGCCUCCCCCGGAUUCAACUGGGCAAAUUCAGGGGCCCACAGUAGGCGGUGCCCUCUCAGCAGCCUGUCCGUGCCCAGCUUGGGCAGGGUCAGUGGUGGCUCAGUUUGGAACGGAUACGUUGAAUUUGACUUGUCGCAGCCGGCCGAGGGUAAACUAGCAUCUCCGGGGACCGCGGGGAUUAUUUACAAGGAGCUGGCCAACCAAACACAACUGUCUAAUUUAACCUUUCCAAGUCCUCGUAAAUUUUUACAGCUGGGAGCCACAGCGAAGCAGACGAAUCUGUAGGUCGUUCCCAACUUCCCACCAGCCUCUGUGGCUUCUGAAACAAUAACUCCUUAUGAAAUAUCAUAAAUAUAGAUUUAAAUACAGUAGAGCGAGAAUGUGAUUUGGCUGCUUUUUUAUGGCUUCAAUUAUUGUGUAAUUUUAUGUGUGGGGCUCCACUGGCCGCACUGGCACGCGGAACCCGCGUGCCUUGCUGAUGGCGUGAUUAAUUGUGAUAUAAAAUAGUCCGCUUAAGAAAUGUGUGUAUGGUGGUGGCGGUGGGAGGGAAGGGAGUACAGCGUUAAGGCCAGAUUUGAUCUUUUAAUCUUCGUUGGCCACAAUUAAAACAAACCCGAUCGUGGAGUGCCGCGAUCCCUUUGCAUAAAAACAUAUGGCUUUUGCUAUAAAAAUUAUGACUGCAAAACACCGGGCCAUUAAUAGCGUGCGGAGUGAUUUACGCGUUAUUGUUCUGCUGAGCGGACACGUGACGCGCGCGGCCAAUGGGUGCUCGGGCGCCGGCAACUUAUUAGGUGACUGUACUUCCCCCCCCUGGUGCCACCAAGUUGUUACAUAAAAUCUGCAGUUUCAUAAUUUCCGCGGGUCGGGCCGGCCGGCCGGGACGGGGCAUGGCGAUGGCUACCACCGGGGCUCUGGGCAACUACUACGUGGACUCGUUCCUGCUGGGCGCCGAUGCCGCAGAGGAGUUGGGCGCGGGCCGCUACGCUCCGGGGGCCCUGGGUCAGCCCACCCGGCAGGCCACAGCACUGGCCGAGCACCCCGACUUCAGCCCUUGCAGCUUCCAGUCCAAGGCGGCGGUAUUCGGCGCCUCAUGGAACCCGGUGCACGCGGCGGGCGCCAACGCGGUGCCCGCUGCGGUGUAUCAUCACCAUCACCACCACCCCUAUGUGCACCCCCAGGCGCCCGUGGCGGCGGCAGCGCCGGACGGCAGGUAUAUGCGCUCCUGGCUGGAGCCCACGCCCGGCGCGCUCUCCUUCGCGGGCUUGCCCUCCAGCCGGCCUUACGGCAUUAAACCUGAACCGCUGUCCGCCAGAAGGGGUGACUGUCCCACGCUUGACACUCACACUUUGUCCCUGACUGACUAUGCUUGUGGUUCUCCUCCAGUUGAUAGAGAAAAACAGCCCAGCGAAGGCGCCUUCUCCGAAAACAAUGCUGAGAAUGAGAGCAGCGGAGACAAGCCCCCCAUCGACCCCAGCAACCCGGCUGCGAACUGGCUCCAUGCGCGCUCCACGCGGAAGAAGCGCUGCCCCUACACAAAACACCAAACGCUGGAACUGGAAAAGGAAUUUUUGUUCAACAUGUAUCUCACCAGGGACCGCAGGUAUGAGGUGGCCCGACUACUCAACCUCACGGAGAGACAGGUCAAGAUCUGGUUCCAGAACCGCAGGAUGAAAAUGAAGAAAAUCAACAAGGACCGAGCAAAAGACGAGUGAUGCCACUCGAGUUCACUUAGAAAAGAGAGCGAGCUAGACAAAAAGAGAAAAGACUGCCCUCCCCUUCUCCCAUCCCCAUUCCACCCAGCCUGCACCACCCCACACAAAGGGGCUCUACACUUCAGGCCUCAUCACCCCUGCCAAACCCGUCUCAGGCUGGCUCCUUGGCCUGACGCUUUGAUGGAGGAGGUAUUGUAAGCUUUCCAUUUUCUGUAAGGUGAAAAAAGGGGGGAGGGCAGCGCUGAUGGCUGUGUGUGCUAGCUUGUAUAUAUUUAAAAAUAAAAAAUCUACCUGUUUCCGACUCAAAACGAACAAAAAAAAACUACCUUUUUAUGAUGCACAACUGUUGAUGGCUGGCUGUAUAGUUUUUAGUCUCUGUAGUUAAUUUAAUUUGCUCUUCGUGCGGCAGAGCUAUCUGCCCAGAUACUUGAACACUGUGUUUUAUUGUGGUAAUUAUGUUUUGUGACUCAAACUUGUGUGCUGGGUGAAGCACCCGUUGUGAUUGUGAAAGCUAGAAUUCAAUUUGAACUCAGGUUGUUUAUGGGGGCGGGGGGAAAGCAGUUGCAUAGAGUAUAGCUCUGUAGUGGAAUAUGUCUUCUGUAAAACUAGGCUGUUAACCUUUGAUUGUAAACUAGCUGUAUUUCCCAGUGAAAUAAAAUUUUGAAAGAAAGGAUUCUCCAGGAUUCAUAGAUUCAUGGUUUUCUCCACCUUUGAAAUGCGGGCAUUUUAGUUUUUACAUGCUCUAUAGAUUCGUCUUGUUCAUUGUGUAUGUAAUCCACAUUAUCAAAAAAAGGUAAUCAGACAAUUUUGAAUAUUGUUUUGCACCAGAUGAACAAUGAGGAAAUUCGGAGCUAUACAUUAUGUGCAGAAGGUUACUACCUAUGGUUUACAGUUUAACUUUAAUUGGGGGGAAAAUGAAUGCUUAUUGUAAUGGAGUUAAUUUUAUUAAUAAAUUAUACACUAUGAAACUGCCA